AUCAUAGAGAUGCGAGUGCACAUGGACUGCGCUGGAUGUGAAGGCAAGGUCAAAAAUACACUUCAAAAACUAAAAGGUGUGGAUGACAUUGAGAUAGACAUGGCUACACAAAAAGUGACUGUUACUGGAUGGGCAGACCAAAAGAAGGUUCUUAAGGCAGUCAGGAAGACCGGACGGAGGGCCGAGCUGUGGCAAUUGCCAUACAAUCCAGAGCACCAGGAUUACACUUAUCAUUACUAUAAUCAACAUAAUUGCAAUGGUCCACUCACUUAUUAUGCCCCUCUGCCUGCAUCUUCCUACAACUACUACAAGCAUGGAUACAAUGACCAGGCUCCUAGUUACCAUCAAAAUCCUUCACAUUCCACGAUUUUUGGGUAUCAGACCGGUGCUACGUUUAGUGAUGAGAACCCUAAUGGUUGUUCUAUUAUGUGA